GUGGCAAAAUUAUAAGGGUGCUCGGGCCUUGCCUUGGGGUUGGAUCAUAGCAAAGGAAGGCAUGGCGAGUUUCGCCGGAACGACUCAGAAAUGCACGGCAUGCAACAAGACGGUGUACCUGGUCGAUAAGUUGACUGCUGAUACUAGAGCCUACCACAAGGCCUGCUUCCGAUGCCAUCACUGCAGGAACACCCUCAAGCUUAGCAGCUAUUGUUCGUUUGAGGGAGUUCUAUACUGCAGACCUCACUAUGAUCAACUCUUCAAGCGAACUGGCAGCCUGGAGAAGAGCUUUGAAGGGACUCCCAAAAUUUCGAAACCAGAAAAACCAACAACCAGUGAGAAUGCAAAGAUAGUCUCGAGUUUGUUUGGUGGCACCAGAGAUAAAUGUGUUGGGUGUAACAAGACUGUAUAUCCUAUUGAGAAGGUGACGGUUAAUGGAACUCCAUACCACAAAAGCUGCUUCAAAUGCACUCAUGGAGGCUGCACCAUAAGCCCAUCCAACUAUAUUGCACAUGAGGGAAAGCUUUACUGCAAGCACCAUCAUAUUCAGCUCUUCAAGGAGAAGGGGAAUUACAGCCAGCUAGAGGGCAUCGGUGAAAAUAAUUCCAUGACUGAGAAAGUCCCUGCUGUGGAAACUGUCGCUGAAUCAUAGUCAGAUUCUUGCUCCUUGUGUAAUCUCCAUUUCAAACAUUGCUCGAGUGGUCCUCUUUUUCAACUGUGUAUUGUGGGUUUGUUG